CAACAAGAUAUAUCAACACCAUUCAAAUCGGUACCCUCAACAAACCAACCAGCAGAAUACCAAACAUGGAAACUCCCGAUCUUUCCCUCCCCCCAACCUGUCCUCCCCUGGGCGCCUUCGAGAACUACAACAUGGACGACGCCGCCUUUGCCCUCUACACCCUCGUCGACCUCCCCCCCUCCUCGCUAUCAGAACUCACCACCCUCGUCAACAGCGAGUGGAUCACCAGUCCCGACGUCCCACCACUCGUCCUCCUGCCGGACCGGUACAACUUCACGGGGCAACCCCUCCGUGCCGUCCUCGACGCCCACGUCGCCCUCGACAAGGACAUCACCCCGCGUGACGAUAACCCCGACGUCGAAGGCAACCUGCACUGGUUUCCCUCGGCGUUUAUAGUCGUCACUGAUGUGGAUUGGGCGACUAGGGGUCUGCUGUUUGUGUAUCUUGAUGAUCGGGAUGAUGAGGGUGAGGGGUUGGAUGCUGAGUCGCGUUCGUUGGAGAAGUUCUUUUUUCGUGCGCAGGAUGCGUAUCCUUUUUUGGGGAGUGUGAGUUAUGGGGAUUCAACCCUUUGUCAGGCGAAAGAGGAGCAUGCCAUUGAGUAGAUCUUGGUCUUCUUCUCUUCUUACUUGUCAUUGGAGGUUUACUUUAUUCCGUCCUUUCGCUUCGUUUUGUACUCCUUGUCUUGUUUGGUUUGAUCGCAGGGGACUACCAUGGAGAGAGAUGUGAUGAUGUGUAUGUACAUGAAGUGCAUGUUAUGACUGCUCAUCCUAUGUUGUAUUGCAUUGUUUGAUAAUCCGUUCACCUGCUACCCCGUGCUUGUUUGCAGAGGAAGCCU